AUGACAGGUCUAUCGUUUGAUAAUUACCAAAGAAAUCACUAUCUAGCCUCGAAGACCAGUGGACAACCUAAGGCCACUUCUACUGGUACCACCAUUGUUGGUGUUAAAUUCGAAGGAGGUGUACUGAUUGCAGCCGAUACAAGAUCUACACAAGGACCAAUUGUUGCGGAUAAGAACUGUGCUAAACUGCAUCGUAUCUCCCCACGUAUAUGGUGUGCUGGUGCAGGUACGGCAGCAGAUACAGAGGCUGUUACUGGUUUAAUUGGAUCUAACAUUGAAUUACAUACCUUAUCAACAAAAAGACAACCUCGUGUAGUGACCGCUUUACAAAUGCUAAAACAACAUUUAUUUAAAUACCAGGGUCAUAUCGGUGCAUAUUUGAUUGUUGCAGGUGUUGAUCCAACAGGUGCUCAUCUAAUGUCUGUACAGGCUCAUGGUUCUACAGAUGUUGGUUAUUAUCUAUCUUUGGGUUCUGGUUCCCUUGCAGCCAUGGCUGUUCUUGAAUCUAGGUGGAGAGAAGGUAUGACGAAAGAGGAAGCCAUUAGUUUGGCUGCAGAUGCAAUUGAAGCAGGUAUUUGGAAUGAUUUAGGUUCAGGUUCUAAUGUAGAUGUUUGUGUGAUGGAGGUCGGUAAAGAUGCCGAAUACUUAAGAAACUAUAGAACUCCAAAUGUUAGAGAACCAAAACAACAAAGUUAUAAGUUUGCUAGAGGUACUACAGCAGUGCUGAAAGAAAGUAUCAUAAAUGUGUGUGACAUAGAGGAACAAGAAGUAAAUGUGUCAGCAUAG